GUGAGCAAAAGAAACCUGGUGAGGUGCUGGAUGCAUGAGGCUGUUGAGAGCUCCAUGUUGCUCAUGUCAGUGAGCCAUCCCAGCAGGACACACAGGGGCAGGAGGGCAGUUCCACUCAAAGCAGGUUCUCCCACCUUCAGAGGAACUUUUUGAUCAUUAAUUUCCUGAUUUGGCCCUGGGAACAUGGCCAGGGCAUCCAGCCCCAGCGGGACCAGCAGCUGCCACGGUGCAGGGCUGUGUGGAGGGGCCGUGCCAGGAUGCCAGUGGCAGGUACUGCUGGAGAAGGGACAGCAGCCCUGACCUCACUGUGCCACUUGCUGUUCUCCCCCACGUCAUGGUGCAACACUUCCUCUUCCCGUGGCUGUUGUUGCUCUUGCAACAACCCCUGCAGAGGCCCCCGAGCCCGGAAGCAUCACCUGCUCAGCGGCGCUUCCCCCAAGGAGGUGGCACGCAGGAUGCUGAACCAGAGGCGCACAAAGGUGGUGCUGGCCCUGUGCCUGCUGCUGGCCCUGUGGCAAUGUUUCCGAGCCCUCAUGGAUGACUUUGGCCCUGUCCCUUGGGCCCCCUCCCUCCUGCACACCCCUGGUGUCCCCUGCCCCACCAGAGCCAACAGCUCCGCGUGGUUCAAUGAGCGCUACGAGGCGGCCGCAGGGCCCCUGCUGACGGGGGCAGCCCAGGAGCUCUCUGCAGACGUGGUUCAGUGGUGGCUGACCCUGCAGGGUCCCAUGAAUGGUGUCCAGCUCCAGGCCAUAAUUCGGCAACUCUUCAGCGUCCUCCGAGCCCCGACGGGUGACGUGUUGGACCCCCCUCGCUGCAGGACUUGUGCGGUGGUGGGGAACUCAGGGCGGCUGAAGGGGUCCAGCCAUGGGCUGCUAAUUGAUGCUCAUGAUUGGGUGCUGAGGAUGAACAGAGCAAAGGUUGCUGGCUUUGAGCUGGAUGUUGGCACAAGAACAACCCAUCACUUCAUGUACCCAGAGAGUGCAGUGAACCUUGGGCCUGGCGUCCACCUCGUCCUUGUCCCCUUCAAGCCCCUGGACCUGCAGUGGGUGACCAGUGCCUUCUCCACUGGAGAGGUCACACGCACGUAUGUGAGAGUCAAACAGUUCAUCAAAGCUGACAGAAACAAGGUGCUGAUCCUGAGCCCAGCAUUCCUCAAGUACAUCCAUGACAAGUGGACGCAGCAUCACGGGCGCUACCCCUCCACCGGCUUCACGGCCCUGCUCUUUGCCCUGCACACCUGCCAGCAGGUCUCCGUGUUUGGCUUCGGAGCAGACAGUGAAGGGAACUGGCACCACUACUGGGAGGAAAACCACGGGGCCGGAGCCUUUCGCAGGACGAGGGUCCACGAUGCCGACGUUGAAUUCAGCAUUAUUGAGAGACUGGCAGAUGAAGGCAGGAUUUUAUUCUACAAAUGAGGCAUUUCCAAGACACUGAAGCCAGGCUGUUGGGACAGGAACAGGCAGCCCCUGUAUUGCCAGCAGCUGCAAUACUUGCUGCUCCACUCCACCCAACCUGGGCUCACAGACCCUGCAAUCCCCAGGGUCUUGGUGCUACUUGUGCUGGUCCCACCAGCUGGGCACUGUGGGUGCCAUUCUCCUGUGGCACCAAGGAUGUUGCGUUUAGCUGGACACAGAGUGGGCACGGCUCUGCCUGUGCUGGCUGGGAGGGAGGAAGGGGAGCUGGUGGUGCUGGAGGUGGGCACGGAGCCCAGGAGCUGCUGUGCCGGUGGCUGCGAUGCCGUUGGGUGCCAGGGUGGACAGCAGCCACUCCAGCGUGGCUGUCUGCAUGACAGAGCUGACACUUCCACCCACACACGGCUCCUGGGGGAGGUCUGUAGUUGUUCCUUAUACAGGGUGAGGGGGGCAUCUCCCCUUCCUGUCUUUUUAUAACUAAGGAAAUAAUUUUUACAUUGUAUCAAAGAAGAAGGGAAAAAAAUCAAACAUACUCACAGAGACAAUGGAAUCAAACACAGUUGAAGUGAUCUUACGUUGAAUAAACUUUGAAAACACAUGUGAAUCUGUUAUCUGCUUUACUUUUAUCUGUUAUCUUAACAUUUUAUCUGUUAUUUGUUUUACUUUUUGACCCCUUACAACUUUGAAAAGGGCACAGUUUCAGCCCCACCUGUGGAACAAGACUGCAGACUCUGGGGAGUGUCCCAAAGGAGGUUUCUCUCCUCCGGAGCAGGGUUAGCAGGAUGUCUUUUAUCACUUUCAAUCACAAACAUCCUUAAUCCAGCUUUACCACGGCUAUUAGUCACUCGGGCUUUCAGUCUAUUAAAAUCACCAAAACUCUUGUACUCAUAUCCUUCCAACUGAUAGCAGAAGCCUGUAUUAUUUACCUAUCAGUGUCAUUGAUUUUCUGCCUCUCCAGGUAGAAUCUCCAUUUCUGCAUCUUCAAUUUCUCUUCUCAACUCUUCCCAGUUUCCCUUUCUGAGUCUGAGUCUUGCACCUUCCCUUGAUUUUCUCUAGGUGCUCAGCAGUGCCCUGGGCAAUGCUCUCCAAUGCUUUUCUAAAGUUUACAAGCAAUUGGCUUUCUUAUCAAGGACAAGCCAGUAGCUGAUAACUGCUUCACUGGGGGUUAAACUCCUGCUGCAUUUUUUCCAUUCAUCUUCCUCCCUCCUGACUAUUCUUACAAACUUAGUUACAAAGCUGAGUGCUCUGGUAAGCCACUGAAGCUGUUCAGUUCACUUUUUGUUCCCAAUCAAACAUAUAGACACUGUGUUCCCUUCUUCACACUGCAGUAGUACUGUAUGAUCCCAACCCAAUGGAUUCAUUAAAUAUCCUUGUAAAAAAACUACAUUUAAAACAAACCUCUUUUUCAGUAUUGUAGCUUGGAGAUUAGUGAGUCUCCUUACACACACCUCAAAUUGCUUCUCUCCCUGGUUGACAAAACCAGUUUUUUAUACUCUCCAGUUUAUAGAUAAGUUCAAGUAAUUAAAAGAACCAACCAACCAAACCUACUUUCAAACGAAUUAUAAACCAGCUUUCUCUCUGCAGUAUCUGACCCUGUGCCUGUCAUGCUCUAUGUGCACUGCUGGAUCAAUUGCUUGGACUAAGAUUAGAGUCAAUACGAAAGCAAAUCCAGAGCUGAGAUUUAAGUGUAAGCAGUCUGGUUUACCUCAAAAUAAGGCAAGAACCCCCCCCAAAUUUUCCUCAUUAUUUUCAAAUUUCUCCCAAUGUAGUUGCACAUACCAAGCACUUUACUCACUUGUGUAGAUUAUUUAAAAGUAAAAAGCCCCAUUAUCAUCACGAUCUCUACCUAUUUUGCCACAAUGCAGGUGUGUCUGUUAAUUCUAAUUUCCAAUUCAGUACCAGGAUUAGUUCAAAUAAUUUAAUUAUUCCUCCAAAUGCUUUACCAAAACAAAGAGAGGAUGGACGUCAUUUCAAAAUAUACACCAAGAGGAAGUGAAAAAAACCAAUCCAAUUUAAAAAUCCAUUAAAAUUCCAAACACUUUUUUUUUUCCUGAAACAUGAACUUGCAUCUUUCAUAAAAAAAGCAAGUGGGAGCCCCCCAGUACAGAAAGCACAUCCCAAGUGCUUGGGCUCCCCACACAGCCAGACUGGGAUGGGAUUCAGCACUUUUUCACAGAGGUCUGGCACACAGCAGCAGCACACUCAGAAACAUUUGUAAGAAAAAUUAAAAAGCCCAGAUGGUGUUGCUAGAAAGCUUGUUUGAUGGCAGCUUCAAUCCAUUACAGGUCUCCCAACAAUAAAGUACAUUAUUCCUGGAGGCAAACAGAAUGCACCAUCUCCAGCAUCUCUGUCAGGAAGGGGGGCAGAACUGGAUGAACAUGGACUGACACAGAAGGGGUUUUACAGUAGGGUCUGUACAGCCAGAUACAAUGGCUAAUCUUUAGAGCAGCGAGGUUCAAGCCUUCCAUCCACAAAUUAAUGCCAAGGAAUGAGGGGACAGUAAUACAAGAGUGGUUGGUGCCAUCAGGAAGUUCCAAACCUUUUCUCCUGUGCACUCAGAAUAUCA